CCUCCUCCUUCUUCAUCCAUCCACACUGUGUGUGUGUGUGUGUGUGAGAGCUGCUGUUACACUGUUACCAUCAUUAAAGAGCACGAAAUCACAUGGAGGUGCUCUCGCGCUCACAUGACACAGUGGGAGACCAUGGCAGCAGAGAUCCAUGAAGGAGCCGUUCCGUCUUAUUACAGAGAAAUCCACGAGGCCGUCCACUGUAGGACGGACGAGAGAGUGCAGGUGGAAGUCUUCCAGCGGCUGCUCCAGAGGACCGAUCUCUCCAAAGCUGUUUUAGCCCAGAUUGCCGAGCAUGUUGACUCCACAGACGGAUUCCUCAGCAAGUUGUCCUUCUAUAAAGCGCUCGCUUUGAUCGCUCUCGCGCAGCAAGGAAAGCAGCCCAGUACUAAACUCCUGGAGAACUGCAUACAAGAAUUACCGAAACCUCAGCUCGGGGAGCCGAAGGACCUGAGCGCACUGAGGAUGCAGCCGACCCAGGAGGACGCGCUGAUGAUGUCCCACACGCUGGACAAGCUGCUGGCCUUAGACACAGUCCAGGUGGAGCUCAUACCUGAGAAGAAGGGCCUGUUCCUCAAACACGUGGAGUACCAGGUCACCAGCCAGCGUUACAAAAUAUCCGUUUACCGGCGAUACAGCGAUUUCGACGUGUUCCAUGAGGUUCUGCUGCAGAGAUUUUCCUACAGAGUGGUGCCAGCGCUGCCACCAAAGAGGAUGUUAAAGGGAGUGCUGACAUCCGUCUCCGAGCGGGAGUUCAUCGAGGGCCGGAGACGCGCACUCGGCAGAUUCCUUAACCUGGUGGCGCGGCAUCCUGUCUUCUCCGAGGACGAGCUGGUGAAAACCUUCCUCACCUUCAGUGGCUCCGAUGUUCAGACUAAGCUGCGCGACGCGUACAAGAAAACCGGCGAUGAGUUCAUGACCAACAGAGUUGCAACUCAGGCAAAGGACUUUCUCCCCCCUGACAUUCAGGCUCAGUUCUCAACAAGCAGAGAGAUGAUCAGAAAUAUCCACAACAGUUUCCACAAGCUGCGGGACAGAGCGGAGAAAAUGGCAGAGCGCUCGAAGGAGAACGCGACGGAUCUCCUCAUGUUUGGCAAAGAGCUCAGCACUCUGGGCUCAGACACUUCCACUCUUCCCUCCUUGGCCUCUUCACUGAACUCCUGGGGGAAGCUGCGUCAGUCGCUGAAGAGUCUGUCGGUGGAGUUUGCCGUGUUGUCAGAAAAAGCCGCUCAGCAGGGCAGCCGGGAAGAGGAUGAUGUUGUGGAAAAACUGAAUCUUUUCCUGGAUCUGUUGCAGUCGUACAGAGAUCUGUGUGAGCGCCACGAGAAGGGCGUGCUCCACGAGCACCAGAGAGCUCUGCACAAGUACGGCGUAAUGAAGAGGCAGAUGAUGAGCGCCACGGUUCAGCCAAAAGAGCAGGCGACAGUGGAGCAGCUGGAGUCACGGAUUGUUCAGCAAGAGAACGCCAUUCAGACCAUGGAGCUGCGUAACUACUUCUCCCUGUUCUGCCUUCACCAAGAGACACAGCUUAUCUUCACCUACCUUCCAAUCACAUCCCACAUUCUGGGGGCUUUUGUUAACUCUCAGGUGCAAGGACACAGAGAGAUGGGCGAGGUUUGGAAUGAACUCCAGCCAAAGCUUGGAUGUCUCUUUGGUGGAAAGAACGGACUGAAAACCUCCUAAAAAACCCACCUAAGAGCUGGAAAACUCUGCUGCUGCUGCUGCUGAUUCCAAACUGGAGAAUAACCUUCUGCUCUGUGAGCUUAAGCAAACAAUUAUAAACGCACAGCUGUGUAGUAUUUCAUGACACAAUAUACAUUCCAUUCAGUGAGAUUCUAACGCUGCGGUUUCAUCAUCGUAACAAUAUCGAAACAUGAACUGGAACUUUGUCGCUCAGGAGUCUUUUUUUUUAUCAAGAUGUGUCACUUUUUUUUAUCCAAAUCGACAACUAAAAAAUCCUCGGGUUCUAACAUUUUACACACUGAGAUAGUUUAACAGAGAGGGACAGAAAGGUUUUACUUUAAUGAAGAUGGGAUUAUUUUUAAUCUCGUCACAAAGUUUCUGGUUUCAGUUACUGAAUAACUUCAGGCCGACGUGUUUUUGAUACCGACGUUGGAUUAUAAGGAUGAGAAAGCAGCAUUCUUUAUAUUAUAAGGACACACAUGCUUUUUCCUACUGUUUACUUGUUAACAUCAUAACGCUCUUUGCUUUGUUUGCAGGACCCCCUUUUAUUUUGUAUGAUAAGAUGUUUUUUUUUUAGAUCAGACUGUAGAACCUGGCAAAGGGCAGAUAUUUGACUGUUAUUGAAUCAGUGUGUCAGUAAUAACACUAUAAAAUAACACAUUCACUACCAAAGAUGAAUGGUGUGAAUUCACUUAAACACACACAAGUGGACGGAAUCACCCCACACAGUUUUAAACACCGUACAUCAAUCCAUACACGAGUCUUCACCGAUGCCGAUAUCACGUUAAAUGUGUGAUAUUGUGCACAUUAUGACACAACCUGAAAUUAUUUGAUUGUUUUUUUUAAUCUAUUUGGCAUUAAAACAAUAAUGCACACACAUUUAUUUGAACAUUAAAUGUAAACAAGAAGGGACAAAAUUCAAUUUAUGUGUAACUUACACAGAACAUGAAACCCGGUCAAAUUUAAAACUGUAGAUAUUGUAAAUAUUUUAUCACAGAAGAAUAAAGAUCCUUGCUCAAUGAUGUUAAAUCCUAUAUAUAAUUAAAAAAUAAAAUGGCAGAAUUGAAAAAAGA